AUGAUUAAAGCCGAAGGCUACGUUAUAGAGCACUCACCUCCUAAGACACUAGAGAUAAACGGACUAGUAGAGAGAUCCGGAGGUAUAAUCAUCCAAAUAUUAGAUAAGAUAUCACCGAGAGUAGAGAUCGGAUUCCUACGGUAUAUAACGGCGAAGAAGCUAGAAUUAGAAGAUACAAUACCAUCAUCUAUAGCCCGCAUCGCCCUACAUAAUAACGUUCAGCAUACACAGCAAGGGCAGGAUCCGCAUAUAGAUAUAGAUUUGUAA